AUGGAGGGAGGAAGACCCCAGAAUGCAUCAUUUGCGCUGGCCGCGGAGGAGUCUCGCGUCGACAUGGCGGUCCUCGCCCUCUACCCCGGAGGUGACCUUCCUCACCCCAAGGAAGAGACAGAAAGAAUUCAAAAAGAGUCUGCUCUGUCCUCAAUUAAGCGCGAACAGAUCGCCUUUUCCUGUCUCUCCCUCGCACAUGAUUACAUGCACAAAAACCGCCAAACCUAUCAGCAACUGGCUAAAGAAAAAUCCCCCCAACACGAGGCUGAGUUUCCUGAUGUAAGUGGCCCGUCCACUUAUACCAGCAGUGUUACUGCUGUCGUUGCAGCUGCUUGUCUUGUAGUCUUCCUCGAGUUGGUCAUGUUCUUCGUGAAGCACCUUCCAAAGCGACUUCACAAGGCGUCAAAAGAGGACUGUUUUGAUUUGGAUAUUACUCAGAGGGCGCCUCAAAAUGAGACACCCAAGCAUAGUCCACUGCAGAAGAAGGGCCCCACACAGGAAACGUCGAAGGCGGCGGAUGCGCAAGAGUCAGACUUUAGCGAGCAGCUCCUGAUGAGUACACGCAGCAUCGAAGAAAACCGACGGCAAGACGCCAUCCGAAAAGUGCGGCAUGAAGCGUGCACUUUUCCUGACGACGAAUUCUAG